AUGGCGGAAGAAGACUCCGCCGGCUCACGCCGGACCUCCUCUGCGAUUUUAAACCGCGACACAGAGCUUAUAAUCCCUCCCCAUCUCAAAUUCUUGAUAUCCAACAUCAAGAAUCUGGUUCCCACCUCUCUUACAAUCGAGAACUAUUCGAUCUGGAGGCUUCAAUUACUCCAGCAUUUCUCUGCGAACGGCUAUGGAGAACAUCUCACUGGACAAGUUUCUUGUCCACCAGACUCAGAAGAAUCCGAGCGAAAUCGCUGGACUCUCAUUGACCGUAAUAUUGUAUCUGCCCUGCUAUCUACAAUCUCACCCGCCAUCCUGCCAUACGUCAUUUCUCUUCGCACCGCUCACGACGUAUGGACAACACUCGAGCACAGACUUCAACCCACAAACAGAUCUAGGGUCAUUCAGCUCAAAAAUGAGCUACACCAGAUACAGCUUCAAGAUCGGACUAUACCCCAGUAUCUUGAUCAAAUCAAGAAAAUAGUGGACAACAUCACUGUGGCAGGCUCCGCCGUCGACACCGAGGAAAUUGUUCUUUACAUCCUCAACGGACUGCCCGCGGUUUACAAUCCGUUCAAGACGGCCAUCAGAACCUCUCUUCAGCCGAUCCAGCUUGACGAUCUAUACUCUCUGCUAAUUAGCGAAUAA